GGUAAUUAUAAAUCAUUUAAAACUGGCAAGUAUGUGUACAGGCUGAACCCCAAAAUGCACCACUCUAAUCUUUGAAUAUCAAUGUUAAAGUCAGUGAUCUCCUUAGGAUUUUUUUCAGAUUUCCGGGUGUGUGUUUCCGGUGCGAAGUACGUCACAAGUUUUUGUGUAGUCUACUCACGGAAGUGAAAAACGUGUGAACACAUAAUCUUAAAGUCGAAAUAUUGAAGACGUAGACGUUAUCUCAACGAAAUAGAUCAUGGCAAAGAGUCUAAGGAGCAAGCACAGGAGGAAAAUGCGUGCUGUGAAGAGGAAGAAGAAUGAGCCAAAAGAACUGGCCAAACUGAAGAAAGUGUUGGGUUUGGGAGAGAAGAACCAGGAUGUGGAAAUGAAGGAACUGUAUACAGUUGUGGAUGCUGAGAAAGUUAAAGAAGACCAAAAGAAAAGACAAGAAGCCAUUGAAGCUAACAAAGGACCAGCCAAGUUUCAUCCAAAAACUCUCAAAGACGAACAUGGAAACUAUCCUAACUGGAUGAAUCAAAGACAAAUCAAAAAAAUGAAAGGAAAAUCUAAAAAGAAAACUAAAAAGAGUAAAGCCUGGUGAUGUGGAUGGUCAAGUGGAAAUUAUGUCAAUCACUGCAAAACAUUUUGUGUACAAACACGUAGCAGAUGUAAAACAGAGACUUACAAUAUAUGAUGUACACUAUGAGAAAGUAUAUAUAAUACAAAAUGUCUUAUCCCAUACUUGGAGGUGUUUUUGUUUAUAAAGCAGGAUUGUAAAAUGUAAUUUCAAAUGGGGGUAGCCAGAGUAGGCAGAUUGUAUCAUAUCUCACUAUGGGAAAAUUUAAAAAUGAUUUUAAUGAAAAAAUGUUGUUAUGAUUAGUAUGUAUAAAAGAAAAGAUUGCUGAAAGAAUAUGAAAUCUUUUAGACACUAU